AUGUCGGCUUUACUUUUUGCUCUCUUUUUGUCAACCACGGCCUCCUCGUUGGCAGGCCGUGGCCCCCUGUUUCCUAAACAGAGUCUCCCAGAUUACCACCGUAAACAGCAGCUUCCGGCAGAUCAGCGGCACCCCCUCAACACAGUCCGUGUGACCUGCCACCCGGACUCCCUGGAGAUCCUGAUCCAAGCUGACCUGUUCGACAUAGGGAUGCCCGUCCACAGUUCCGAAGUCCGGCUCGGGGUGGAACGUGACAACGGCCCCUGCGGCGCCGUGCCGUCUUCUACCCAUGAAUACAGGAUUCUUGUUGGGCUGCUGGAAUGUGGAACCAAAUAUUGGAUGACUGAUGUGUCACUGGUCUACACCAACCUGCUAAUCUACACUCCGGCACCAUCCCCCGAUGGCAUGAUCAGAAUGGAUGGGGCGGUCAUUCCAAUUGAGUGUCACUAUGCCAGGCGCUACAGUCUUUCCAGUUCUUCCCUCACCCCGACCUGGAUCCCCUUCAUGUCCACACAAGCUGCAGUGGAGAAGCUGGACUUUAAGCUCAGAGUUAUGACAGAUGACUGGCAAUACGAGAGGGGAGCAAACGUGUAUUACUUAGGAGAGCCAAUUUUCAUUGAGGCUUCUGUUCGAGUGGGUCAUCAUGUAGGCCUGAGAGUCUUCCUGAACAGCUGUGUUGCCACGCUGCAGCCUGACAUCCAUUCUUUGCCCCGAUAUGUUUUCAUUGAGAAUGGGUGCUUGUUGGAUUCCAAACUUCAGGCUUCAAAGUCUCGCUUCCUAGUGAGAACACAAGAUGACAAGCUUCAGUUUGUAAUUGACGCCUUCAGGUUCCACGAUGACGACCGAGGAGAGCUUUAUAUCACAUGCCUCCUGAACGCGGUGCCAGUACAUGAUACGGAGGCACCCAAUAAAGCGUGCACUUUUGUCAAUGGGAGGUGGCGUUCAGCUGAUGGCAACGACUACCUGUGUGGGUAUUGUCAAAGCCAAAGUGAAGCUGGACAACAAUACAAUAAGCCAGCCAAGUUUGGGCCUCGCAGUUUGAGCAAGCAGCCCCAACCGGAAUCUCGUUCGAGUAGCGGUACCCCGUCCUCCUCAGGUUGGGAACACCAGGCAAAAGUGGGCCCCAUGUUGGUACUGCCCCAACAGGGAAGACGGACAAUUCCUGAUGAGGAGCUGCCUCCAGUACUCCGAAAGAUCAACCGGCCGGCGCUGUACGGCAGCCAUUGGAUGAGCGGCCUUGACUACUUGAAGGACCCGGAGAAUGGGCAUCUUCCUGGUUUGUUCACAGAUGAUCAGAUCACUGAAAAUGACGAUGUCCCUCUUGAUGAUUCGACAAUUGAAAUGGAUGAAAAUGAUGCUGAAGAAAAUGACCUUCUUGAACCGUCACCUACUCUUCCAGACGGACAAAAUGGCAACUACACUGAGCUUGAGAAUUGGCCUGAGGUGGAUGCCACCAUCACCUCCAAUGUAACUGAUGCACCGCCUGGUCACUCGUAA